AGAACGUCGAAUGACGUUAUUUAUUAAAAUAUGUAUUUCUUCUCUUAAAGAUCCACAUUUGAAUACCUUGAAGAAAAUAAAACAAUGGUUCAUUCAAGGUGAUAAACAAAAGAAAGAUUCAAGUCAAUGGUUUUCUGCGCAAUGCCAGUUUGAUUUGGUUUUAUCAAUAAAUAGAUUUCUUGAAAUCGUAGAAUAUGUACUUACUAAUUGGCCAGGUGUAGAUUUAAAAAAUAAUGCAAAAAAAGACGAUCAACCAAAAAUGAAACUUGUUACAUUUAAGAAAGGGAUGCUACCAGAAAAUCUUGAGUUAGUACUUGGUCAGCUUAAGAUUUGGGCUCGAGAUAACAGUGCUAAAAGUGUAUUCAAGAAAACAUUUACGUUAUCUGACCUAACGAUUCUUGUUCAAGCGUUUCAAAAUAAACCAUUAAAGAUAAAAGAAAAAAAAAA